AUGGCUGGGGGUGUGUGGGGCUGGGGCCGGGGCCGGGCCCGGGGAGGCCCUGUGGGGGCCCUAACCCUGACAGCUCUGGCUGAAGGGAUCCGGGCCAACCAGGGGCAGCCCAUGAGAACCCCCUCCAAGGGCCCUCAGCCCAAACCUGAGCUGGAACCUGGUCCUCAGCCCAAACCUGGUCCUCAGCCCGAACCUGAGCUUGAACCUGAAGCAGAGCCUGGAAAUGUAGUCGAAGCCAUCCCUACGGCUGUCCAGGAACCCUGCUCCCCACCCUGUGCACAGGAGCCAGCCCCCGAGGAACCCCAGAAGGUCCCCCAGAGUUCCUGGGAGGAGGGGGCCCUCUCAGACCUGGCAUUGUACACGGCUGCCUGCCUGGAAGAGGCUGGCCUUUCAGGGACGCAGGCCACAGCGCUCACCUUGUCCUCAGCCCUGGAAGCCCGAGGGGAGCGGCUGGAGGACCAGGUGCAUGCCCUGGUGCUCGGGCUGCUGGCACAGGUGCCCAGCCUGGCAGAGGGCAGGCCCCGGUGGGCAGCCUUGCGGGUGCUGAGCUCCCUGGCCCUGGAGCACUCUCGGGACGUGGUGUGCGCACUGCUGCCCUGCUCGCUGCCCCCAGACCGGGCGGCAGCUGAGCUGUGGCGCAGCCUGAGCAGGAACCAGCGUGUGAACGGGCAGGUGCUGGUGCAGUUGCUGUGGGCACUGAAGGGCACAGCCGGACCGGAGCAGGAGUCAUUGGCAGCUACUCGCGCCCUUGGGGAGAUGCUGUCUGUGUCGGGCUGCGUGGGCGCCACGCGAGGCUUCUACUCACACCUCCUCCUGGCACUGGUCACACAGCUGCAUGAGCUGGCCCAGGGCCCAUCCUCCCCCAACCCCCACAAGGUUUGGGCCCCUUCCCACCGGGGACCGCCCCACAGCCAUGCCAGCUGUGCGGUGGAAGCCUUGAAGGCCCUGCUCACCGGAGAUGGCAGCCGCAUGGUGGUCACGUGCAUGGAGCAGGCUGGAGGCUGGAGGAGGCUGGUGGGAGCCCACACUCACCUGGAAGGUGUCCUUCUGCUGGCCAGCGCCAUGGUGGCCCACGCGGACCACCACCUGCGGGGCCUGUUCGCUGACUUGCUGCCCCGGCUGCGCAGCGUGGAGGACACUCAGCGCCUUACAGCUAUGGCCUUCUUCACUGGGCUCUUGCAGAGCUGGCCCACCACGCGGCUCCUGCGGGAGGAGGUCAUCCUGGAGCGUCUCCGGGCCUGGCAGAGGGACCCCGAGCCCACGGUGCGCUGGCUGGGCCUGCUCGGCCUCGGCCACCUGGCGCUGAACCGCGGGAAGGUGCGGCUUGUGCGUGUGCUGCUACCCGCGCUCCUAGGCGCGCUGGGCGAGGGCGACGCGCGACUCGUGGACGCGGCCCUGGGCUCGCUGCGGAGGGUCCUGCUGCAGCCGCGGGCACCCGUGCGGCGCCUGAGCACUGAGUUGGGGUCGCGCCUCCCGCAGCUGCUGGAUCACGCCAGAGACUCCGUCCGAGCCUCCGCAGUCGGGCUCCUGGGGACGCUGGUAUGGCGGGGCCGGGGAGGGCUCCGGUUGGGGCUACGAGGCCCCCUGCGGAAGCUGGUGCUGAAGAGUCUGGUGCCACUGCUGCUGCGCCUGCAUGACCCCAGCCUGGAUGCCGCUGAGAGCUCAGAGUGGACCCUGGCCCGCUGUGACCAAGCCCUGCGCCUGGGCCUGCUGGAGGAGAUGGUCACUGUGGCCCACUACGACAGCCCUGAGGCCCUAAGUCACAUCUGCCACCGCCUGGUUCAGUGGUACCCGAGCCAUGUGCCCAGCUUCCUGAGCCAGACCCAGGGCUAUCUGAGAAGCCCGCAGGACCCCCUGCGCCGAGCAGCUGCAGUGCUCAUAGGCUUCCUCGUCCAUCAUGCCAGCCCCAGCUGCUUCAACCAGGAACUGCUGGACUCCCUGUUCCAGGACCUGGGGCAGCUGCAGAGCGAUCCCGAGCCGGCUGUGGUCGCCGCUGCGCAAGUAUCCUCCCAGCAGGUGGCGCUGCUGGCCCGCGUGCAGGGCUGUCGGCAGGGCCUGCGCUUUCUCCGCCGCCACCUGCCCCACACCGGCCCUGUCCGGCCUCUGCCAGUCUACCCAGACAACCCCUUCCAGCGCAGGAGCCUCGCAGGCCGGUGGGGCUGCUCCAGACCCAGCUGAGCCCGACACCGCCCUCUGCAGGAGCUCACCGCCGUGAUGGCCACGUUCCUUAGAGGGAUGUCUGAGCACCACUCACCCUCAGCCUUUGCCUCUUGCGCCUGUGAGCCCACCUGUGCCUCCGAGGACCCA